AUGGAUUCCCGAUCACAACAGAGGACCGUCUCUGGAUCUUCUUCAGACUACGAAAAGGAAUGUGGGACUCUAUCUCCAAGAUCAUCUACCUCGAGAGCAACACCGCCGCCAUUUCGACCACAUCCUGAAGCAUCAUCGCCUCCAAAGACAAUCGUGCUUGGACUUUGGCCUGGAGCACGAAGUGAGCAGAUCGAAUACUACGCUGGAGGCUACGCAUCUCUUUAUCCGUCCACAAAAGUCGUCUUACUCCAUCAUUCGAGGACCUCACCACGACAUGUCGAAAAUGCUCUGACAGAGCUUACUGGAGACCAAGAAAAGCUCUCCAUACAGAGCAGUCAAGACACUCUCAUCCACCUGUUUGGCGACGAUGCCGCAUCGCAGAUUUGUCGACUACUAAGGGCCUAUCGAGCACGAAUAGAGCAACCCCUAGGCGUAAAAGCAAUCGUCCUGGAUUCCGUCCCAGUCGUCAUCGCACCCAACCUCUCAACACUGAUCGCCUCGCCCCAACGCCUCCUAAUCUUCAUCUACCUCACCAUAAUCGCCAUAAUCUGGCGCCUAGCCUCAGUCCUCACCCUCUGGUUCUCCGAACCCCUCAGCAGCCACGUCCAACGGGAUCUCCACGAUCCCCAACUCCUCCCCGCAGACGCGAGGAAAUGCUAUAUUUUUCCUGAAAGAGAUAUCAUGUUUGCGUGGGAUCGCCCGAGUCAUGCAGAGGAGGUCUGUGAGCGGCAGGAUUUUGAGGUCAAGCGCAGGAGGGUGGAUGGGAGGGAGAGGUGGACGGGGGAUCAGGAGAGGUAUUGGUUGGGGAUUGAGAAUGCUUGGGAGGGGCGGUGA